GCAAGGGGAGCCACUCCGGCGUCGAGAAACCUAGGGCGAGCGCCUCGACGACUCCUAUCACCCCAUGGCGGCCUUCGCUACGGGCAGCACCACAGCGCGCGCGACGCUGGCAUCGCCGACUUCGUGCCAGCCGGCCGCGCGCCGGGCGCCGGCCCGAUGGAUGCCGCUGCGCUGCUCGCCGCCGGCCCUGGGCCUCAGGGGAGGAGCGCGUUCUCGGCGGAGCGCCACGCUACGGGUGGAAGCUAAGAAGCAAACUUUUUCUUCAUUUGAUGAGUUGCUGGAGAAGUCUGAGAAGCCAUUGUUAGUUGACUUCUAUGCAACUUGGUGUGGUCCAUGCCAAUACAUGGUUCCCAUACUUCAAGAAGUGAGUGAGAAGUUAGGCGACAAAAUUCAAGUUGUGAAAAUUGAUACUGAGAAGUACACUAGCAUUGCAAGUCGUUACAGAAUUGAAGCAUUGCCAACUUUUAUCAUAUUCAAGGAUGGGAAACCUUGUUAUCGCUUUGAGGGAGCAUUACCUGUUGACCAGAUGAUCGAACAGAUUGAAAAUGCUUUGGCAGUCACAAAGUAGCACAUAUGGUGAUGAGCAGGGCAGAAUCCCCCCCCCCCCCCCCCAAAAAAAAAAAAGAAACUUGGUGGUACCUCAUAACGUGUGCCUCUACAUAUUGAAAAAUCUUGAUUAUUGUCUACAAGAUCACAACAUCAAGGGCCUAACAUUUGUAAGGAUUUGUUGGAUCUUCUAGAUUCUUAUGGGGAGUUAGAUGUUCUCUUCCGAUGAG